AACUUGAUUUGUAGACAUCCAAUUCAUCUCCUAUUCCCAUUACCCACUCAUGAGUGGAGUUUGAAUAUACACGGAAGUGUGGAAACGAACAUUUUUUUCUUGUUCUUCAUUCUUGUUCUUCAUUCUUGUUCUUGCAUAAUGUUAUUUGAAAUAAUAUCCCACCUAUUCAGGUUGGAAGCUAUAGAAAUGCUUGAUGGUACACUUAAUGGUCUACAUGUAGCUAAAGUUGAUGGGAACCACAUCAGUUUAUCUCUUAGGACAUGCAUCCCCAACAAUGAUGGCUCAUUGUGUCAGGAAAAGGUUGAUAGUUCUUCUGGGUUGUUUGAUCAAUACCACAAAUUGGAAAUAGAACUAGUGGAGGGUACAAUGGAGCUGAAGCAUGCCGAGAUAUACCCCAAUGAUGUACAAAUAAGAGAAAUUGUUGAUGCUGUAAAAUCAUUCAGGCAGCUUUAUUCUCCAAUGCUAGACCAUGAGGGCAGAGCUAACCUGGAAUGGUUUGUCAGAAGGGUACAAGAUCAAAUUGUUCUUUCAAAAAAGAACCAAUAAGCCAAGGUUACUCUGUCUGUAGCCUCUUUGCGUAGCGUAGUUUUAUUUAUCUCCUGGAUAUCAUUUAAAUUUCUAUGGCAUGGAAGCAUAGGGAAGCCGUAGAAGAUAUAUAAUUCUAGCUUUGAAAAUAAGAGCAGGUUGAAUGUUAAGUAUCUAUCUGGAAUCAGUAAUAAUGGCGGCAGAAAAUAUGAACGAAGAUGAACAGUGAACAGGAAUGGUUAUUCGAACAACAGAAAAGAUAGAGAAAGUGCCCUGACAGUUAAAGAGAUGUCAACUCUCCAGUCCCAGCCCAAUACCAAAUAACAGCCUGCCUUAUUCCUCCUUUAGCUCUCUAUUUAUAGAAGUCCACCCGACCCCCAAUUACAAAACAGCUAGCUACUUAUUAUUCCCUUUUCUUCUGGAAUACUUUAUCAUAAUAGC